AUGUCCAAGUUGGAGAUACUCAGAAACCAAUUGAGCCAUUCAAGGCCUGUUAGCCUUUUGACUCAAGGGAACGAAGACACGAAGGACAUUUCAGCGGCGAAAUGGGCACUACUAGGAAACGCAGGGGACAACAACAGCAGUGAAAAACUCGAUCUAGACGAGGACACAGACUUCCAGGUCGAGGGCAAAAGCAUUCCGCUCCGGGUAGUUCUUCAUUGCUGGCAACACAAGGACUCGAGCGCGGCGGACUACCUGGCAGAUUGCCAGGCCAAAAACCUGACCAACAUUUCAUUUUUGCAGAGACAAGAUAUCAUCUCAUGGUUGUCUGGCAAAACCCAGGGCCCUGGAGCUGGUGCUACUGGCCCUAACACGACAGUGGCGGCUGCCGGGAUACCCUCUACAGCAGCAGAGGGGUCCGUCGCGGAGGAUCCUGUUCUACAGGAGGCGCUGGCGCACGAAAAGGUGUUACUAGAUCACAACUCAUCGCUGAGAGGAGCAAAGCCCACAAACUUCGGGUAUCUAAUAAAGGAGGCAGAACUGAAGCUUGUGCACUCGCUGAAGAGCUCGCGCCGCUCGCAGAAGAGCAGCGGCGGCGUAUCAAAGUACGAGAGCGGCCAGAAAGCGGCCGUCAAGAAAGACCCCAUCAUUCUCAUCCCCUCGGCCGCGUCGUCAAUCUUCACAACCGCGAACAUAAAACAGUUCCUAGAGGACUCUGUGUACGUGCACCCGCGCGACCUGCCGGGCCCCCACCCCGAUGUGACCACCGCGGUGAAAAAGCUGGACCGUUUCGCCAAGCCUGUCAAGUUCCUGAUCGCCAACAACACCCGGCUCUUCACAAAGCCCGAGUACUGGGACCGCGUCGUCGCGGUCUUCACCACGGGCCACGCCUGGCAGUUCAACAACUACCAGUGGUCGAACCCGUCCGAGCUCUUCCAACGCUGCAAGGGCUACUACUUCUACUUUGCGGGAGACGUUGUCCCCAAGCACGUGGAGCAGUGGAACGUUCAGCGUGUUGAGCUCGACAAGAACAAGCGUUUCCGCGACGUGGAGGUGCUGCGAUACUUCUGGAACACCAUUGAGCGGGAGCUUGUUGGCCGGGGCUAUACAUAG